GGAUCUAGCUCAGGAGCUGCAGCUAGAGGAAGUGCUGGCGUUCGCCAAAGAAGGUCGACUGCAACGCCUGCAAGGCGUCCCCUCGCUACCACUGCUCCGAAGAGCCCGGUCUUUCUGUUUUACUCAGAGGACUCUCCCGGCAUUAAAAUUGGACCAGUUCCUGUCUUAGUCAUGUGUCUCUGUUUCAUUGUAUCCGUCUUUCUGCUCCACUUCUGGGGGAAAUAUACUCGUAGCGCGUAA